GACAGAUUAUUUGUACAACAUUUUCCAGACACGUCAUCUUAAUAAUUAAUUUAAGAAAAUAUAUAAUUUAAAUAAAAAAUAGUGUGUUUAGCUUAAAGAGUAUUUUAUAACCGCCAUAAAAUGGUGCUGAUUGCGGCGGCAGUAUGUACCAAGGCAGGAAAAACAAUUAUAUCUCGUCAAUUUGUGGAAAUGACAAAGGCUCGAAUAGAAGGGCUACUUGCAGCAUUUCCAAAACUUAUGACAACUGGGAAACAACAUACUUUUGUAGAAACUGAUUCAGUACGAUAUGUUUAUCAACCUUUGGAGAAAUUAUACAUGCUUCUGAUAACAACUAAAGCAAGUAAUAUUUUAGAAGAUUUAGAGACCCUGCGCUUGUUUUCUAGAGUAAUUCCAGAAUAUUGCAGAUCUAUGGAUGAAAAAGAAAUUGUAGAUAAUGCAUUGUUAUUAUUUGCAUUUGAUGAAAUUGUUGCUCUUGGCUAUCGUGAGAGUGUAAAUUUAGCACAAAUAAGAACAUUUGUUGAAAUGGAUUCGCAUGAAGAGAAAGUCUACCAGGCUGUUAGACAAACACAAGAGCGUGAAGCGAAGAAUAAAAUGCGUGAAAAGGCAAAAGAAUUGCAAAGACAAAGAAUGGAAGCCCACAAAAGAGGAAUGGGCUCUGGAAGUUUAUCUGGAUCAGGACGAGGAAGUUCCAUGGAAACUGGAUUUGGAGGUGGAGCGAUUAUCUCUAGUUCUAAUUCAGUGCCUAUCACAGCAAAUAAUUCGAUGAACCAUGAAACUAAACCAAUAUAUGGCUCACAGAAACCUGUUUCUAAAAAUGCAAUGAAGCUGGGUGGCAAAGCUCGGGAUGUAGACUCCUUUGUAGAUCAAUUGAAGAGUGAGGGUCAGCAAGUAACCAAUUUGACCCCAGCAAGUAAUACAUCGAUUACAGUUGCUAAAGUCACCAAGCAGGAAAAUGUUGAAGAUGUGCAUUUAAGAUUAGAAGACAGAUUGAAUAUUAGAAUUGGCAGAGAUGGUGGUCUUCAAUCUUUUGAAUUAUCUGGUCUGUUAACUUUGAGAAUAUCUAAUGAGAGUUAUGGCCGAAUCAAAGUGCAGAUGGCUAACAAUGAUAUUCGUGGAAUUCAGUUACAGACACAUCCCAAUGUGGACAAAGAGCUUUUCAAAUCACAGCUUCAAAUAGGUUUGAAGAACCCAGCUAAGCCAUUCCCAUUGCACAAUGAUAUUGGAGUAUUAAAAUGGCGUUAUCAAACGCAAGAUGAGACUGCUGUGCCAUUGUCUAUCAAUUGCUGGCCAUCAGAAAAUGGAGAAGGUGGUUGCGAUGUUAAUAUUGAGUAUGAGCUGGAGCAAUUGAAUUUAGAACUUCAAAAUGUUACAGUGACAAUUCCUCUUCCGAUGGGUUGCACUCCUUCAAUCAGUGAAUGUGAUGGUGAAUAUGUCCAUGAAGCACGAAAGAAUAUUCUUCAGUGGAACUUGCCAAUAAUUGACUCUUCGAAUAAAUCUGGAAGUUUAGAAUUUUCAUGCCCUUCUUCAAUUCCAGGAGAUUUCUUCCCUGUGAAUGUAAGUUUUGUGUCAUCCACACCUUAUGCCGACAUUGAUGCUAAAGAUGUUUUGAGCAUUGAUGAAGAAAGUGCAGUUAAAUAUUCCAUAGAAAAAGUAUUUGUAGCAGAGAAGUAUGAAAUAGUUUAGUAAUAGAUUGUAUAUGAAAAUACUUAUGAAAAAAAAUGCCUGAGAGAGAAUGAUAAUGAAUCAUUAGUUACUCAUUAAUGGGCAUU